AAAAUAACUUGACAGUACCUCUUGAAUGAUCUGGGGUCCUGUGCCGUCGGGAACAACUUGAGUUUCAUUGGCACACAAAGCGCAUCAUGUCCAGAACGGGAGCUUUUCGGGACACAAACCUGCGCUCCCUGCUGAGGGAGCUGCGGACUGAUAUUGCCAUGGCUGUAGAUGACCCUUUCCCUCUCCUUUACGGUUUGGUGGACAAAAACAUCCUCACUGACCAACUAUUUAAGGACACGCUGGAGAAGGAAGGUAGAGAAGGGAUCCAUAAGGCCAUGUACUCCCUCCUCUCCUGGGUCCUGGAACAGAGAAGAUCCACCAUUCAGGCUUUCUGGAGCAACUUGUCCAAAGACUACAACCUGGACAGCUACCCCAAGCUGCAGACGUUGCUCACUAAACUGCAAUCCAGACAGGACGCUGCAAGUUCCAGAGCAGAGAGAAGCUCCUCCGGAAGCCUCAAAACUCCUCACAGUAAGAAGAGGAACCACAGAGAGAGAGAGACAAACAAUCUGCACCCACAGUAUCACGCCGAGACGAGUGAUAGACCAGGCGGCAAAGUGAGGCUGUACAGAGUGAAAAGUGAAGCUGCUGCCCCAAAGCUGACAUCUGCAAACAAUGUUCUGGAGGCUUCGUCUUCCGCCCAGAGACCAGUCACGCUGUGUUCCUCAUUAACUGAGCCGCCAGUCAGCCACGUAGCCACAGAGAAGACCCAUAUCAAACAGAUGCUGGACUCAGAUGGAAGUGCCAGAAAAGUUGUUGGGGAGUUUGACUCAGAGGAGAUGAAACCGCCACCCGAGUCCAAAGCUGUUGACAACAAGCUUCCCCGCAAGGGGGCGACCACCACAGGCACGGUCCACUGUAAUGAUGAUGAGUGUGCAGUGUGUAAGGACGGAGGGGAGCUCAUCUGCUGCGAUGGCUGUCCUCGAGCCUUUCACUUGACCUGCUUGGACCCUCCGCUCACAUCCAUACCCAGUGGCACUUGGCGUUGUGAACGCUGCUGUGGAAACACAGUGAAAACGGAGAAUGCGCCAGUAUCUUUUCAAGUAAGCGUGAUUUGUUUCCUACAUGCUUUUGAUGUUGGACGUCUCUCCUCCAUAAAUCUUCACGAUCACGAACGUUUUUUUAUUCUUUUGCACUGCAUUUCCUCUUCAUAUUUCAUGUCACAGCCGCUCGAUGCCCAGCAAAAAAACACGAGCUCGAGCGACUCCAUCGUGGAUGUGUCCUUCUUCUCCUCGCUUCCAUCCUCGCCGCUCACCUGUGUCACAGCCUCUAUCAAUGAGCUCAGAAGCCAGGGCCCGGGUGGAGAGCUGCUCGGUGCGAGGGAGGUGUGUGGUGUUUGUUGCAUAGAAGGCGGAGAGCUGACUCACUGCCUCCAGUGUUUGCAGCGCUUCCACCCGGACUCCCUCACAGUGCGUGUGCUUGUUUUUAGAGGCAGAUCCAUCUGCUCGUCCUGGGGCAGCUUUGCGGAGAGGGAGGCGGAAACAUCCAGGAGCUUACAGCUCCUUCAUGAGCAGCAGUCUUCUGCCCCUGAGGCCGUCCUCCAUAAAGAUGAACUGGACUCCAUCCUGGGAGACUGCUCCAUUGACAUCUUGCAGUGGGCUUUCCACAACAUCUCUCGGCCUCAUCCAGACUCUCAAGGAUGCUUCAAGUGACAGACACACAAUCUGCACUCAAGAAUGAUCUCCCUGCAAAGUAUCAAACAUGACAGCAUCAUAGCCAAUUAAAUAGAGAUUACUGAGUAUAGUAAAUAUUAUUGGCUUGUGUUCUUCCUUGCCUGAAGUGGAAGGUCUGGCAGUGGUUUAUUUUAGAGAGAACAUUCUACAUUGAAUCUUUAAAAACUAGGAAUUAAAAGUGUGCUCGAAUGAAUGUGAGUUCAAUUAGUAACAAAAAACAUUAAAACCAACUGAAAUAUACAAUUGUGGGGCAUAACACUUUGGCUGAAUUGUUUUUUUUUCUAAUAUACAAACAAGAAGCCACUUAUUGCACAAAUGUUACACAUAGAGGAAUUUGACUUGGUGCGUUGGUGCAAUACAAGAAUAAAAUAAGAUGAAGUAAAAUACCAGACGGUACAACCAACGUCUGCUGCUCUUCUUCUGAGACCUUGAGUAAUGUCUUAACUUGCGGGGUGUGUGAUUGUGUGUGUGUUUGUGUGUGUAGGGAGGAGUGUAGAAGGUGCAUAACAAAACAAUAAGUUGGGUCACCAGUCGGUGGUUUUCCAAAUGAGUUUUGAAAUACUUUGAUUCUCCAACCUCCUGUCAUCUCUUCUUUGUCUCCCUAAAGCUUUUUAGUUCCACCUUUAAAGGAUUCACGUCAUCUGCGAGCGAGUGACGCGAGUGUUGAGUAGUCUAGAGCAGUGGUGUCAAACUCAAUCAGCCCCACCCAAAAAUACCAAACCCCUAGGCUUUGAAACAGCAGUUCACAAACAACCGGGUGACAUCACGUCCGCCGAGUUCACUGCUUUUAUCACAUGUGUCCAACUCAAGCCCCGCGGGCCAGAUGUGGCAGCGCGCACCCCCCCCUCCCCCCCUGUACCAGUGGCCCACACGUUCGGUCGAACUGGGCAGUAUCUGGCCGAACCUGAAAUGAGUUUGACACCCCCUGUCUUGCAUAGUCUAACGCAGGUCAAACUUUGGCUCACCACCAUGGCUGCACUACUUAUACCAAAAGCCAUUGUGAAUGUGCAGCAACUUUAAUUUCCCCUUUGUAUUUCACAAGGCAUCCACACGUCCUAUCGCUCUGUGAGGCAUAACAUCAUACCUAAUUGUGUAGGAGGUGGACUCAGCACUGAUGCUGGCAGAGAGCCUGGGACAUCUCUUUUUAACUGUUAUUAACUUUUGGGGGCGAUGCUAUACUCACCGAAUAACAGUUUGCGAUCAGGACGCAAGCUGUUGCACCCUGUCAGAGGACAUCAGUGUCUCAUCCCGGUAAUGGAGAGACAAUGCAAACUUCCACAUGUGCACAAAGAAAAAUGGUCCCACUGACUGUGUGGAUCUGCAGAAGAAUUUGCAUUCAUAACAGUUACACCAGAUGGUUGUAAUACAAUGAGGUAUGCAUACUGAGAAAUGCCUCUGUUUAACAGGAAUUCCUUGAAGACUAUCACUUAGAUGUGGAAUGUUGUUUUUGUCAUGGGAUUCAAGAGUUUUAGCAUGACUGCCAGAGGGAUGGAGCUCGGCCAGGCAGAUUUUUCUCCCCUCUGUAUUUGGUUGCCAUGGCUCUCAGCUCCUGCAAGCACAAAACAGAGGAUGAGAAACAUG